AUGCUUGGUGUACCACUUUUUGUUGCCACUUGUAUAUAUUAUAAACAAAGCAAAAGUAAAUAUAGUGGUACGUGUAAAAAGCACAAAAAGCAGUCUGCACAAGACGACAAGCAAUCAAAACCUUUUGAAUCUAAUAAUUCCAACGAAACAAUUCGAUCGAAUACCAAAACGAAUGAGAAAGUAAUAAUAUCAUUAUGCGAUAGUACCGAUUAUGAUAAUGAUAGUUGCUACUAUAUUCCCGGAAAAAAAGUAUUCCGGGUGAUGGAUAAGAUUCCAAAAAAGAAACAACAAAAAUCAACCGACGUAGAAAGCAUGCAUUUUCCAAAGAAAGUCUUCGGACCAAUGCUCAAAAUUUCGAAAUUGUACGAAAGUCGACGCUUACGACAAACCAGAGGUCAAGUAACAUCAACAUUUGGAAGAUUAUCAACAUUAUUUCGAAAAUGCUGUGCUGAAAAAUUUCAUCGAACUCGGACAAUUGGAUCAAUUCAGGAAAAAUCAUUCACGAGUACAUUAGCACUAACAUCGACCAAAAACACGGAACCAUUAACCAAAAUAACAAAUGUGGAAAACCUAAAUUCUGCACUAACUGUAUCACCUGGGAUAGGACCAGUAGAGCUAGGAAAGGAUGAAGUGGAAUAUAUUGAUGCGGAAAAUGAUCUAGAUUAUUCCAGGAAUAUAUAUACGAUGAAACGUGGUAUUCGGUAUCUUUUCAAUCAGGAAAGAUUGAUUAACAAAGAUGAUAAUGAUGAUAUGGAAGUGGAACAAAAACGUGGAUUUUUUCAGAAAUUCUUUCGUCCAACAAGUUCACGUUUAGUGGGUAGUGGUGAAGGAACAAGCAUAGAACCGGAAGGAAGGCCAUUGCUACACGAUGAUGACGGAUAUGCUGUAAUUGACAGGAGACAAGAUGAAUUUGUUAUUUCUAUUGACAAGGACAAACGUGAAAUGUCAGCACCAGUAUCACCGAAAAGUGUCACAUUUGAGGAUAAUUUGUUCACUACAAUAACAGAGCGGCGUGGUCAAAGUGUAGCUCCACCUUCUACAUUUUUAAAUGGUUCCACAAGAACAACUAUACCUAAGCAACAAGCAUUCAUCAAUUUGGAUUAUGAUGUAUCGCAGAUUUCAGCAAUGAAUUACAGGCAUGAUCUGCAAUCACCACGGUCUAGAAGUACCUUAUCAGAUCGAGAGCAUUAUUCACCAAUUCGCUCAAGUCGUGAUGCAUCAUUAGCUUUGGAUGAAGCCACGCAUGAUUUGUUACGUUUUUCUUCACAACCGCCAUCGGUUUGGGAUAGCAGCAGUUCGCAUCCACUGCAUACUGCCAAUCGCAUUCCAAAAUCUGCUUCUACUACAUCUAUGAAUAAAACUAUUAGGACAAAGGAUGAGGGGAUGGUAAAACCGUCAAAUGUAUUUUCCUGGGAUACUGAUCGAUUAAGUGAUCUUCGUCCCAGCGAUACAUCAACAUAUACAGAUGAAGAAGGACGACGGCAUCAAACAGUUACCGUUUAUACCAAUAAAAGGAGACAAGGGCCACCGAUAGUUCGAACAACAGUGGAAGGAAAAUUAAAAAUGGAAAAAGUUGUUGGGGCAGAUCUUAUAUCCGUUGAACAUUGCACGUGUAGUGCGUGGACGAUACGCGAUACUAUUACACAUUAUAAAGUGAAAACUACGUUAGGAAAUCGUACGCUAAUCAUGGAAGAAUUGACGAAUGGUGAGAAUCGUGAGAGAAAUUUCAAAAUGAGUCUUUAUGAAGAUGGUCAAUUAAAAACAAGAGAUAUGGCCGAUUUUCAAAUACCAUCGAAUGCGGAUAAAGCGAAAUACCUCUCCUUGCUUAGCCAACGAUUGUUGCAUGAUAUGGAAACAUUGAAUCAACAGGAAGAACGGAAAAUAAUAACUCGGAUAGAAGUAGAAGUGAUUGAGGAUGUGACGAAAAUAUUGAAAACAUAUAUUAUUGGAGAGCGGAAUGAUUUGCUUCAAGAUUUUUCGGUCGACCAGGCAGCAGUUGAUGCAAACAAUGAAUUCCCGCAUAGUAUUUACGAACAUGAGAAGUGUACAUCAUCACACGAUCUUGCGGAAAAGGAAUAUAUGGAUGUUUUGGAAAAAGAGGCGAUAACUUGCCAACCAUCACCUGAUAUUAAAUUCAUCUUUGAAGGUCAUUAUUACGAGGAUCAUUCUGCAAUACAAUCUCAUCAAAGAACUGAUUCGGAAACAAUGACAACAUCAGAGAGCAUUACGAAGAAAUAUGUACCGCCACCUUUCAUUUAUAUCAAUGUAGAAUGCACCUUGAAACGUUUGGAAGAUCAUUCAUUGAACGAGGUUAACGUUGCAGUGCCAAACGUUUUCUCCGCCGUGUUAUCUCUAAUACGUGAACGCAUUCCACCACAAUUACCAAAUCUUGUUAGCUAUGGUAUGGAGCAACAUGGGAAACAGUACUCCGGCGAAACAACGAUCCGACGUCUACAUCGUUUUGAAUCCACUGAGUCAUUCGACGAAAUGCAGAAGACGAUGAUUCAUACUCAAAAAGAACCAAGUUUCUUGUUCGAGAAACCUCAGAUAAUUGAACCGGUGAAAAUUCCUGUAUUAAAUAUUACGGAAUUAGAUCUACGACGAUUGGCAGACACAUCAGCAAUUCUGGCAAAUUUCGCAAUUCCACGUACCGACCAGAAUCAACUGGAUAUCGAACGUCGUUACGAAUUUCGGGAAGCCCAGGGUAGCAGUUAUGGUGCACAGCAGAAAGGACAACAUUUCGAAGGUGAAACGGUUCUCAGAAAGAAACGACGCCUUUUUUUCGAAUCAGAAUCAGACUCAGUUUCAGAGGAAGAUAUUUGUGGACCAACAUAUUUGAAUUUGACGAAACAGGAAGCUCGUGGAGAAUUUGAAGUUGCAAUUAUCAUUUCUAACGAUCAACGCAGUUCUCCAAAGCAUUUUCAAGAAAGUCAACCCAUUGAAGUUAUCAAUUUAAUCGCACAGAUCAGCACGGAUGGGAAAAAGGAAGAGAUACUCGCUACUUUUGCAACUAAAAUCAGUUGUAAGGAAGUAUACAUGGGACAAGAAAUGAGUACCGUAAGCAGCACUGCAAUCAUAACAAUUCAGAAAACAGUAUCUUUGGAUGACAUCUUCCAACAAAAUAUUCGAAGCUGGAGCGAUAGAAGAGUUGAGCGAAUUACUGCAAGCUUUUCCGAAUUCUUUGAGGAACAAAUGCAAGUUUUCGUGAAUAUAGGACAUGUUAACAAAUACUCCAGUGAGCUUACGGUGGAAUUUAUCGUGAAAGACGUUCGUACGCAGAAAACAGAUCUUUACUCACGAGCAAGUCUUGAAAGUGAGCGUGUUGCAAAUGUAUCCCUAAAUCGAGGAUCAAAAAUGUUGACUGCAAGUACACAAUUAUUUGAGCGUAUGAAGCAGAAUGCGCAGAUGACGAUUACUGAAUUUGGAGAUGAAAGAGAACAAGUUGCUAUAUUGUUACAACGCGCAGGCAUUAUGCAUGGACAAGUGCACCGUGAAUGGCCCGAAGCAGUGACAGGUAGGUCGAGAAGCACAUGUAACACUUUUUCCACUACCAAGACUUUUAAUAUCUUUGAAGCCUUUAUUGACCCUUUCAAUACUAUGACCAAUACUGAUUUUCCAAGCACUGAUUUAACAAAAAUAAACACAGCGACUAAACGUUUUCAUUUAUCUAAUUUCAAAACCAUUUUACCAACUCAUAGGGUGGCACAAAAAGUUUUCCCAUUAAUUGAUAUCACUACUGUUUCGAUGGAUCUUUCCAUCAAUCACGCACAACAGAUUCCAGAAAAUUCUGAUGAAAUUAGAGUUAGAAUUGCACAUGAAUUAUGUGACACUGAUGAAAUUAAACAGCAAAUUGAAGAAGAAUCUUUGCAAAUGGUCAUUAAAACAACUUACGAUGUUGAUACAACAAUAUUUGCAACACCAGAAAUGGAGACGCAGUUAACAUUUGCAAAAGAUCGUAGCGUGAUGGCGAGUGAAUAUUUUUCUGCUAAACGAAGUUGGACUACUAGUACGGAAUCAUAUUUUAAAGAACGAAAGAUAUACAGAAAUAGUCAAUUUGUUGCUAUUGUGCAUUUUCCACUCAAACCCAUGAAAAAGUUAUUUUUGGGAGCAACUGCUGUAACUGAAAAAGCAGCAUCAAUUACACAGGAUGAAAUAAGUGCUGUAACAACGCCGGAAGCAAAAAUGCUGCAGCAACAAAAAGGAACUGUGAAGGAGUUUGAACAAAUACGACAACAAUUCGGAAAUGUUGAACGAUAA